UAUGCAAUUUCAGAAUAAGCCACAAACUUUAAAAUCAAAUCCUAGGAAGAGAAAUAUUAUUCUAUGGAGUCACGUGUUUUGGGACUGCAGUCCGAUCCGAAUGCCUGUACCGUGUUUUAGCGAGCGCGCAGUGGCGCGGUGAGGACUGGAUCCUCCAUGCUUUACAUUACCGGGAGGAUGCUGGGAGCAUGAAGGCGCUGUUGUGUUCAGGCAAACGGCACAUGCAGCCGGCGAUUCAGCCGGUCAGACCAAGACUCUGAUGAUGAUCUGUGAAUAAGGAAGCGUUAUGCCGCAAAGAAAUAUCGCACUUGACUAAUCUGUGGCGCUGAGGACGAAUCGGGAUUGGACCUCAGUCUUUAAAAUAAACACACACACACACACACACAGACACACACACGCUUUCUGUGCUGGGACUGUGAAUGACAAGCGGAACGAGAGCGGAAUUUCAAUGAUCGCAUUUCUUGCUUUAAUGCGGAAUUUGUGCAACUUUGCCGGCGGUGUGUGUUGAUCAGUCAGCGUGUGUGUGAGGAAGACACUCGGCACUAUGGCACGGAUUCGCUUUAUUUAACACCGGUGGACACUGAGACAGCGUCCUGAUUGCGUCCUGGUGUGUAAAGAGAAUAAAUGGUUAGGAAUGAGUGUGUUUAUUUAGGCUAAUCGAGUUCAUUUUCCUGAUAAACACGACAGGAAAGUCGGCCAGUGUCUGAUACAUGACUGGAGGGAAGUUAGAAGAACUCUGUCAUGUCUUUAUUAUUAUUUUUUGACUAUCCAGGAUGGCGGAUGUAGCUGAUGGCAAAUAAGACAUGCGUGCUCCUGAACGCGGCUUCUGAACUUGCUCGGAUUUCGCCUCCUGCGACAACAUUUUCAAGCUGGAAAUCUCUCUGGGAAUCGCUCUGGGUGGGAUGAGAUGAUGUGGUAGUGUGAGACCUUUUUCAAGAGUCAGGAGCGAGUGGUAAAAUCGGAUCGGAUUUCUUCCCAGGCAGGUUGAAAUGUGAAGACUGAGCCGAUUUCUAGUGUCCAAGUGUGAACACGCUCACAUUUCUUACCGAUUAUACACCAAAGGACUUUUAAAAAUUCGACAACAACAAACAUUUAACGACUCUGUCUCUUUUAAAGUGCACACACACACACACACACACACACACACUGUGCGAUUUGUGAAGGAAAUCACGGCGCAUCGCACACAUCAUACAGGCAGCGCGCGCAAGACCGGGGACACAGCGAUCACUCGCGAUCUUCUCACUUUAACACGCUGUAAAGAGUGACAAACGCUCCUCUACCAUCUUGGACAUUUAUCUGGGACUUGAAAACCAGGCUGCAGGAUUUUGGUGUGUGUUCAGCCCUAUCAGAGGGCUUUUUUUUUGUCUUAUCCUAGAACUGCGCCGCCGACGGAAACCCCGACGCGUCGCCUGUCCGCGCGCUGAACCGGAGCCGAAGCGGAGCGGAGCGGAGUGGAGUGGAGUGGAGCUGUCCACCUCCGCGGGUUCUGACGCAGAGCUUCACCCGUUACUGAGAAACCACACACACUCACACACACACACACACACACACACCCUCUCUCUAUCACACACACGCUCACAAACACACACACACACACACACACACACACACACCCUCUCUCUAUCACACACACGCUCACAAACACACACACACACACACACACACACACUCUCUCUCUCUCUCUCUCUCUCUCACACACACACACACACACUCACACACACGUCCAGUCCAACGGUUUGCCGAGACUGCCAGACGGAGCGUGUCACUUCACAAGUCAAUGCCAUGCACCCCCUGGCUAACACCUGCUGGCCAAAUAGAGGUCUGUCAGCCUCCUGAACGCCCCCUCUCUUCAGCGCAGAGGAUGCUGGGAAUGUGUCGUGGGCGCAGGAAGUUCCUGGCUGCCUCCCUCAUCCUGCUCUUUAUCCCGGCCAUCACGUGGCUCUACCUGUCUGCUACCAACUUCACAGUGAAGCCGUUGCCUCUGUCUCCACUGGAGCCUCAGUCCUCUACGCUGGCCCUGGAACUACGGGUACGGGAGGUGGAAGAGGAAAACCGAGCACUCAGGAAGGAGCUGAGUCAGCCACCCAGGAGCCCCACCCAUGGCAACCAGUAUGGCAGUGGACGCCAUGGCAACCAGUCCCACAUUGGCAGAGAGGGUUCAAAGCAUGCAGAGUCUCAGAGAGGCAUCACACAAGGAAACAGCUCUGAUUGUGUGUCUCAGCCUGUGGUGGACAAGUGUGAGACAAUUCAUAUGGCCAUAGUGUGUGCCGGGUAUAAUGCCAGUAGAGACGUGGUGACACUGGUGAAGUCUGUCCUGUUCCAUAGACGGAACCCACUCCACUUCCACUUCAUUACAGACUCCAUCGCCCAGCAAAUCCUGGCCUCCCUCUUCCAUACCUGGAUGGUGCCGGCUGUCCAAGUGGACUUUUAUGAUGCUGACGAAUUGAAGUCUGAGGUGUCGUGGAUUCCCAACAAACAUUACUCUGGUAUCUACGGCCUGAUGAAGCUGGUUCUGACCAAGACUCUGCCAUCAAACCUACAGAAAGUCAUCGUUCUAGAUACUGACAUCACCUUUGCCACAGAUAUUGCUGAGCUGUGGGCUGUCUUUCACAAAUUCAAAGGUCAGCAGGUGCUUGGGCUGGUAGAGAAUCAGAGUGACUGGUAUUUAGGGAACCUGUGGAAGAACCAUCGACCAUGGCCAGCUCUAGGCAGAGGCUUCAACACUGGUGUGAUUCUCCUGCUGUUAGAUCGUUUGAGGAAGCUCAGAUGGGAGCAGAUGUGGAGACUGACAGCAGAGAGAGAGCUGAUGAGCAUGCUCUCUACAUCGCUAGCAGAUCAGGAUAUCUUCAAUGCUGUGAUCAAACAAAACCCUUUCCUGGUGCACCAGCUGCCCUGCUUCUGGAAUGUUCAGCUGUCUGAUCACACACGCUCCGAGAAGUGCUACAGAGAUGUGUCUGAUCUCAAGGUGAUCCACUGGAACUCUCCUAAGAAGCUGCGGGUGAAGAACAAGCAUGUGGAGUUUUUCAGGAACCUUUAUCUGACCUUCCUGGAGUAUGAUGGCAACCUGCUAAGGAGGGAGCUCUUCGGCUGUCCAAGUGAAACUGACCACAAUAGUGAGAACCUCCAGAAGACUCUACUGGAGCUUGAUGAGGACGACCCAUGUUACGAGUUCCGGAGAGAGCGUUUCACUGUGCAUCGCACACACCUCUACUUCCUGCACUAUGAAUACGAGCCCAGUGCAGACCAGACUGAUGUUACACUUGUGGCCCAGCUCUCCAUGGACAGGCUGCAGAUGCUAGAGGCCAUCUGUAAACACUGGGAAGGACCCAUCAGUCUGGCUCUCUACUUGUCCGAUGCUGAGGCACAGCAAUUCCUGCGCUAUGCCCAGGGCUCUGAGGUGCUCAUGAGCAGAAGCAACGUGGGAUACCAUAUUGUAUAUAAAGAGGGCCAGUUCUACCCCGUCAACCUGCUGCGCAACGUUGCCAUGAAACAAGUCAACACACCCUACAUGUUCCUGUCUGACAUUGACUUCCUGCCCAUGUAUGGACUCUACGAAUACCUCAGGAAAUCUGUAGUACAGCUGGACAUGGUGGACACUAAAAAGGCUCUGGUGGUGCCUGCAUUUGAAACACUGCGUUAUCGGCUGUCAUUUCCCAAAUCCAAGGCCGAACUUCUGUCCCAGCUGGACAUGGGCACUCUCUUCACCUUCAGAUAUCAUGUGUGGACAAAAGGCCACGCUCCGACCAACUUUGCAAAAUGGCGGACAGCCACAACGCCAUACAGAGUGCAGUGGGAGGCCGACUUUGAGCCUUAUGUGAUGGUGAGGAGGGACAGUCCAGAAUAUGACCGCAGAUUUGUGGGAUUUGGCUGGAACAAAGUGGCUCACAUUAUGGAGCUUGAUGCACAGGAAUACGAGUUUGUGGUUCUACCCAAUGCCUAUAUGAUCCACAUGCCUCAUGCGCCGAGCUUUGACAUCACCAAGUUCCGCUCAAAUGAGCAGUAUCGUGUUUGCCUCAAGACACUUAAAGAGGAGUUUCAGCAAAAUAUGUCCCGCCGCUAUGGAUUCGCUGCACUUAAAUACAUGACUGCAGAAAAUAACAGCUAGCACCUCUGCCAUACUGAAAUUCUGCAUGUGAAAUGGACAGAACUGCUUUAGAGUAACAUAAAAUAAUGGCAGAAAUGAACAGUAGUAAGUGAUGGACUCUUAAAAAUCUUCAAAAUACAGAGCGGCUGGUACGCUCAUAAAAAGGGACUUUAGACGGACAAGUAAAUUAAUUCUAUGUCCAUAACUCCCUACAGACCUCUGGCUAGAUGGAUGUUUAUUCCAGUACCUAACUUCAACCUGCAAAUUUAAACCACUGAAAUGUAUAUUUUUUCUAGGUUCUUCCUAUUUUUGCCUCAGCAUGAAUUAUGGUAGCAAAACAACUUCAAAAUCUGUUUAGUUUUGUUUUACUUUUAGGGAGUCAUCUUUUAGGUUGUUUUGAAAGAUAUAAAUACACUGUUGUUUUCAGAAUAUCACUUUAAUAGAUAAUAAAAUAUUUUCCAAGGUAUUAAAAAAAAAUGCAAUUAUACACAAUUAAUCUGGUAUAAACUAGACUGGAAUAGGUGAAAAGGUAUCAGCUACAAAUUUAGCUGUGUUUAAAGCUGAAAAGUAAAAUGUAAAAGAAAAGGUCAAAAUAUACAGUUAUAGAUUCAACAUCCCAACUUCCAAGAGAUUGAAAUCCAGUGCAUCAAUGGCAACAAAAGUCUGAAAAGAAAUUGAGAUUGAGCCUAAAAUAGAAAAAUGAUUCAUUACUUCAUUGAAAAAUGUCACUGAAGAAAGUUAACUACAAAAUAAAGCCAGUGUUCAUAGAAACAGCCAGAUAUUUAUAUUCCUUUUGAUAGUUAAGGUUAUUCAAGAUAAUAUAAUCUUUUCUCCAUAAUAUCAUGCUGUACUGUUGUAUACUAUGAUGAAAACAGUGUAAUGGCAAUAGCGAAGAGCUGCAAGCGGUUCCUCUGAGCCAGUGAAAACUCCAGAACAAUGUUGUUAAAAUGAAUAUGUCUAUUUUGAUAAUAAAAUAAUCUUAAUAA